AUGACCAACUGCAGCAUGAACGCUACAUCUGAUGACCAACUCUUGAGUUUUUCGACCGGGUCGACAACACCAUGCGACCCGGGCCAGGACCAGGACAUGGACGGUGAACUACCGUACCUCACCCCCGUGCAGGUCGCCGUACGCGUGACCACUCUCUCGGUCAUCUGCAUCGUUGGUGUCUCCUUCAACACCUUGAAUGGGUUGAUGCUGCUUAAGUCCAAGAAACCAAGAUCCACGAUGCACGUUCUGAUGUUGAAUCUGGUGUUGGCUGAUCUAACCAUCUCUCUUACGUGCAUACCAAUCUCUAUCCUGUUUGAAGCUAGUAACGGAAACAUCUACAUACCCAGCGGACUCUGCAAGUUUUCUGGUUACCUGCUCCAGACCCUUCUCAUCGCAUCCCUCCUGACCCAGUCGGUCAUCAGCGUCAUCCGCACCGUGGCCGUUACCCUGUCCGAGGCCCUCAAACAACGCCUUCCUAAAAUCGCAGCCUACAAAAUCGUCAUCUUUGUGUGGUUGCAUGGUGUCCUGACACCACUGUUGCCUUUACUUAGUCACGACCACGGUUCAGAGGAUCUGUUCAUCUACCACCCCCGGUUUAUCGCUUGUACAAUUUCUGACAUGCACACCACCCCUAUGGGAGGUAUGGUAUACGGAGUGGCGGGCUUCCUGCUCCCCCUCUUGAUCAUCUGCAUCAGCUACAUCGUCCUCUAUUUCUCCCUGAGGAGACACCUCCGGAAGACCCUCCUGGUCCAGGACAAGUGCAGCCGACACAUGUACGCCGUCCAGAUGAGAGUCCACGUCAAGGUGGGCUGCCUGGUCAUGCUGGUAGUGUCCAGCGUGAUCCUAAUCUGGGUGCCGUUCUACAUCGUCAGCAGCCUCUCCCUCUUCGACGACGUCCAUGUGACGGCCUUGAAACGCAACGCGUCCGUCUGGCUCAUCUACGGCGCCUCGUCGGUCAACCCCAUCAUGUAUGGAUUCAUGAACAGCUCACUCCGCCAGGAGUUUAGGACUUACAUGGGAGCGAAACAUCCUAAGGUUGCCGAGCACUUCAGUCGGUUGAGCUGCUGUUGCUGCGGUAGGAAGAGAGCCAAACUAGAUUCUGUCUUUGUCAUCCCUGCAAAGCAACUCAAUACUUCAUGUCAAGACGCAGCGGUAAAGGGAAGCAUCUCAGGUGGUCAGAAGGUAGUAGUUCAGAUAAAUCACGAAGUCAGCCUGAAACACCAGUCCGUGUUCUCAAUAGAAAAUGUAGUAGCAGAACCCUCGGUAGUCGCUGCUGCAACUAAAAAUCAACCAAAUAACCCAAAAGUGGCCCGAGACUCCGUGCCCCCACUUGUGAAGAGAUGCUCCUGGUCCAAGUCACUGGCAAACAACGCGCGUCGGUUAAGCGACAAGGUGUCCAGGCGACGAAGCGGUUCUGAAGACUUGGACGGCCAGGCGCUGCGGCAGCUACCUCUGCUGGAUCUGAACGCCGUCACCCAGCUCAGGGAGGAGAGCAGUCACGCUCCAUCUCCCCGGGAUUUCUGGACUCUCUCCGGGGAUGAGCUUGAAUUUGGAUCUGAUGAGGUCUUCGAAAACAACACAGAGGAGAGACUAACAAAGUACCAUACACUCUCUGUCCCCUCACCGUCUCUGACCAGACACCGACUAGCGAGUGGAGAUGGAUCAUCAGUCGUGACUGUCUCGACGUGCAUUAAGACACAGCCAGCUUACAGGGAUAUUGUAAAAGUCAGACGGGUAUUCAUUGAGGAAGUAACGUUUGUAGCUGGUCUGCAUGGUUCAAGUACACUCAGUACAAGUGAACAAGUCAGGUAUCCAGCAGCAAUGCACACGGGAGAACAUGUUUCUUCAAUCGGUUCCCAAUGUGGCAGGACGAUAGCGGCAGCCAUGGACGAUGUACAAGACACAAUGGCAAUGCAGCUGCCAGGAUGUAUACAGACAAUGGCAGAAAGGUAG